UUGUGAAGUCGGUUUCCGUCUUUUCCCAUUUGUAUCCUUCUUCUCCUGCUCUCCACUUUCCCUCACUCUUCAGAUUCAUACAUUUCACAUAACUCCAAACCAAACAAUAUUUAUAUAUAAACCCAAGUUUUAGAUUCUCCAUUGUUAUCCCCAUUUUCUUUGUCUUUCUUAUACCUCUCUUCGCCCUCACUGCAAGCUUCAAAGUUCAAACCCCCGUGAUACAACCAAGAAUCUUUCAAUUCCAAAAGAUUGUCAGAAGCUUUGGCCUGAGAUUUCUCCGCCGAGAUUCGCCUCCCGCGUCUGAUCUCAGUGUGAAAAAAUAUAAUAAUUAUAAAUCGAGGAACAAGGCCGCGUGGAUAUAGCUGGAAUAUAUGGUAGUACAGUUGUGAAAAUUUUCUUCUCUCCCGCGGACUGUAAUCCCGCCCUGGAUCUUCACGCUCCUUCCUCUACGCGUGCCUGCACGUUAGGUUUCGGUUGAGGUGCGUGUUUCUCGCCGCUAUCCCAGGAUUGUUGAUACGUCCCUUUUGAAUCAAGAAUUCUGGUCAGAUUGCAAGUUCAGCUCAAUGGCGUCCGACUUGGCAAAGUCAAGCAAGGCCAUGAGGAGGUUAGAAUCGAAAAAAUCACAUUCCUGGUGGUGGGAUAGCCACAUUAGUCCCAAAAACUCUAGGUGGCUUCAAGACAAUCUCGAGAAGAUGGACCAGAAUAUAAAACGGAUGCUGAAGCUCGUGGAAGAGGAUGGUGACUCGUUUGCUAAGAAGGCUGAAAUGUAUUACCAGAAGAGGCCGGAGUUGAUCAAUCUUGUUGAGGAAUUCUACCGGAUGUACAGGUCGUUGGCUGAACGUUAUGACAAUGUGACGGGAGAACUUCGGAAAAGCAUUCCUUCUGAUCUCCAAUCACAGGGUUCAGGCAUCUCUGGUCUUGGUUCUGAAUCGUCUUCUACUAUGCCUUCUCCUGAUUUGAGGCCAACUCGCCAAAAAUCUGGCCCUCGUGCCGCCGGAUUCGAGUUCUUUCUCGGGGGUGGACAUAGCUCGGAUUUCAACAAGGAAGGAGACGAAUCGUCAACAUUGGAUUCUGAGUCAGAAUCUGAUGAUUCAUCAUCCAUCAAUAAUUAUUCAACCACGCUGAGCAACGAUGAUGACCAUGGGUUACGCAGGAAGAUUUUUGAAUUGGAGAGUGAGCUUCGCGAGGUAAAAGAAAAGCUCCAUUUACAACAGCAAGAGAUUUCCGAAGGUUCAUUCAGAGGGUCUCAAGAUGGAAAUCCUGAAAUUCUUCUUGCUAGAGUAUCCGGGUACGAGGAAGAGCUGAGAAUUGCAAACGAUAGAAUCCUACUGUCAGAAGAAGAAAUUGUCAGGUUGAGAAUUGAGCUUCAGAAAUAUGAAUCAGGGUUUUAUACACUGAACAAUGGAGAGAACUUGGCGGUGGAGGCAAAAGAAUUGCCAGAACUUCACGGAAUUGCUGAACCAGAAGCCGAAAUUCUGGAUCCAGAAUUUAAGAAGAUUCAAGCUCUAGAAGAGGAGCUGAGGGUCACUAAAGAGAAGUUGCACAAUUCCGAGGAGGAGGUGAAAAGCUUAAGGCAGGAACUUAAGCGUAAUGAAAGUUCUAUAAAACAAUUGCAGGAUCAGCUCGGAUCGAAACAGAAAGAUGCUUCUGCUUGGACAACCAAACUCGACAAGGAGAAAAGAGAGAUCUCAAAGCUACAGGAUCGAAUUAUGAGGUACAAAAACAAUCUAUCAGAAAGAGAUCAGGAAAUCCGGGGAUUGAAGGAAUCGAUAUCCAACGCCAACAAGGCUUUAUCAGAGGAGAACUCACAGCUUCAAGAAGAAAUUACUAAACUAUUGAAAGAACGGGCGUACUUGCAGGAUAACGUCAAAGAAAUGGAUGUACGCUGCCAAUGUUUAGAGGACGAGGCGAGACGAGUCUUAGCUGGAAAAUCAGAAAUGGAAGCAUUGCUUGGAUCCGAGAUUGAGCUGUUAAAAAUAAGCAUCUCAGAGAGCAAUGAUCGCGUGGAAGAAUUGAAUCGAUGCAUCGAAGAACUGAAAUCAAAGAACGAGUUGCUGACUGCCGAAAAGGACGAGCUUAAUGCGAGAGUUGUCGCACUUUCUGCCGACCUAGAUUCUAGAGACGACCGCAUCCAUGAAACGAACAGGCAUAUGCAUCAACUGCAUAUGGAGCACGUUCAGUUGCUCGCUGAAAACGACGGGGCACGCAAACUGGUGGAGGAGCUGAGAUCAACGGUUAAAGAUCUCGAGACCGACAUAAGGAGACAACAUGAACUGAUCGAGGAAGGCGCAGAGGAGAAACGGGAGGCCAUCCGGCAGCUGUGUUUCUCGCUGGAGCACUACAGGAACGGCUACCAUCGCCUUCGAGAAGUUGUCAUGGGCAACAAGAGGGUACCUGUAAUGGCAUCCUGAAUCAUUGGCAAAAAAGCACAUCCCAGUCACCUCUUCCAUCUUUCCUUCUCUCUCUUUCCCUUUCCAAAUUUUUUGUAUUUUGACUGUUUUCAGUCCCAUGUAUUUUGUCAAGACUGUCAUGUUUUCUUCUAUUUUUUUGGGACUUCCAUACUAUAAGUAUACGUUCUGGUGCAACUUCAAGUUUGGAUUUGAAGUUGGUCGAGUAUAAGUGCUUUAUAAACUUGUAUUCUUCGAUUGAGCCUUGUUACUAUUUGGGUUUA